AGGCCUGCCGGGAAGCGUCGCUCUCAGGACGCGUCAGAGGGGAGCGCUUCCGCGGCGCAGGGCAGGCCGGGAAGGGUAGUCCCGCGAAAGCGGCCGAAGAUGGCGGCGCCCCCUCAGCCGCAGGUCCCGCCGCCGCAGCCCCAGGCGCCCCCGCAGCCGCCGCUGAUGGGCCAGGUGGGGCCCUCGGGGGCCGGGGGGCAGCAGUCCGCGGCGGGGGCGCCUCCUCUGGCCGCAGGCCCGGCGCCCUCGGGCAUGCAGGUGACCGCGCAGGCGCAGGACUUCGACCCGGUGCAGCGCUUCCGCCUCCUCCUGCCGCAGCUGAAGGAGAGCCUGCAGAACCUGAUGAAAGUGGCUGCGCAGAACUUCGUCCAGAACACCAGCAUUGACAGCGGGCAGAAAAUCAGUGAAGUUCCAGUGCAGAGAGUGGACAAAAGCCUGGAGGAAUUUUAUGCCUUGUGCGACCAGCUCGAACUCUGUCUGAAAGGAAGCUCUUUCGAUCCACCCUCCUGGUUCGUGUCAAAAGCUUCGUUGCAAGCAAGUCUAUUUAAGGUUAAGAGCGAAGCUGUUCUGGGUGAUGUUGGAAAAACCAGCCAAGGCUUCACCUUUGCACUGAAGGCACCGAAAGAGAAGACGGGGAGGGGGGACCGGAGGCCUGCGUGGGUUGGAGGGGCUCGGAGGGGCCAGGAAAAUACAGCUUCCCCUGCCCACCCGUUCAGUUCAGGGCGAAAAAGGUUGAGAUGGAGUGAUAUACUCCCGGUUAUUGGUGCCCACAAUGGUGUGUAUUGGUGUGUGUGUGUGUGUGUGAAAAAGAGAGAGAGAGAGGCAGACAGCACAACCUAUCUCCGUGGGGUUGAGUCAUAUUUUCUGCUUCUUUGAGCCAACACACACACUGUUGUGAGAAAACAUCGCAAACGUGCUGAGAAGUGAUAGAGAAAGCGGAGUCAUCGAUUCCAUCACAAACCACAAACAAACACUCUGUUUUUGACCCAGAAAUAGGAAACCCAUCGAUGGGCUGUUUUGUUUCUAUCCAUCUCUCGUGUCGGGUUCCGCUCGCCUCGCCUUUUUUACGGGCAAUGUUGUGCAAACUCGAGCAGGGAGGAUGAGAUUUUGUUGCUCUGGUUCCAUGCUUACGGGAACCCAUCAGGCCAUGAAUCAUCUCAAGUCACCUGAGAAAAAGGAAUCAAAAGAAACCUGCAGGCAUUUCAAAAUUGAAAGUCCUGCCAGUAACUUUCGGGAAAGGCUGGAUUUGCCUCUGGGCAUUGAAACCGACUUGGAGGAGACCGCUUGGCAAGGCUGGCACCAAAGGCUGAAGGGAGAUGAAGCCCCCCCCCCCGCCAUCUUCAAGUUCAUUACGGGGAAUUCUGGGAGUUGAAGUCUACCUGUCUCAAAAUCCAAUAACAAUAACCUUGGCCCCAUUGAUCUUUGCUGGAGGUAGCACUCAAUGCCUUUAGGAGCUACUACUACAGCCUACCAACCUACCUAUCAUCUAUCCAUCUGUCUGUCUGCCUGUCUGCCUAUCUACCUACCUACCUACUAUCUAUCUAUUUAUCUAUCCCCGACCUUCGGACUUUCCGCCAUGAGCUGAAGAUUCUUUUAUUUCAUUGAGCUGGGCUAACCUGAAUAAGUAAUUUUAAAUGGGGUUUUAGUUUUAUAUUGUUUAGUUUUUAAUAUUCUGGCCAUUAUUUAUAUAAAUUUUAGUCUGUUCUUAAUUUGUAUUUAUUGUACUUUUUAACUGGCUGUGAACCGCCCUGAGUCC